UGUCCAGUUUGGGGUUGGGAUUUCAUGAAAUACUGACAACAACAAACUCCAGGAAAGACACAUUCAUGUUCCGUCCCCUUUUACGAAAGCAUUUACCCAACACAGGUCCAAAGUUCAUCUUGAAGUUUGGCUGAUAAACCCUGCCAAUAAAAGGGCCAGUGAUCUAGAACAAACACGGGGAAUUCAGCGUACCUGCAGCUCAGUCAAUAGGGCCCAGUUUCUCCCUCCUCGUUUGCAUACUGAUUCAAGUCAGCCGGCCCACUCAUUACCAUAUUUUAUAUGGCUUUCACAGAACAUCAUGGCAAAUUAAAUCACUCUCGGCUCCAGGGACACAAACCACCUAACUGAGAAGCAGCAGGUGCUUAUUGAGAGAGGAAAGCACACGGGGGAGAAAGAGAACAUUUCGUUCCCCAUUUCUCUUUUAUUUCUUUUUUUUUCCCUCUUCCUUUUCCCCCUUUUUGGUUUUUUAAUGUUUGAGAAAAUGGUCUCCAAACUGACCACUCUACAGCAGGAGCUCCUGAGCGCCUUGCUGAGUUCCGGAGUCACCAAGGAGGUCCUGAUCCAGGCGCUGGACGACCUGGACCCCAGUCCCAACGGCUUUGGAGUUAAGCUGGAGAACUUGCAGAUGUCGCCGCCGAGCUCCAAGCUGAGCGGCGGCGGCGGCGACGCGGAUUCCAAGCCCGUGUUCCACACCCUGACCAACGGGCACGGGAAGGGCGGCAAGCUGUCCGGCGACGAGGGCUCCGAGGACGGCGACGACUUCGACACCCCGCCGAUCCUGAAGGAGCUCCAGUCGCUCAACACCGAGGAGGCGGCGGAGCAGAGGGCAGAAGUCGACCGCAUGUUGAAGUGAGUUUCACGUCCGCGACGGUCCCCCGGUCCUUGGCGAGCAGAUGUACUCGU